AUGGCUACUAGAUAGAAUACAAAUCCUCAUGAUUCAAAGAAGAAACAUAAAGAGAACAAAAUUAACUCUACUAAAACUUCCAAGAAAAAAGUUAAAUCAAAGUCACUAGCUAAUCAAGAAUAAGUCUUGAAUUUAAGAUCAAAUUUUGAAACCUUAGUAAAAAACAAAGAGGAUCUUGAAAUGAUAAUUAUAAAUCAAGAAAGUAAAAUUAAGGAUCUGAAAUUGAAUGAGAAAAAUUUAUUAGAAGAAUUGAAAAGACAAGGGGAUAUUGCCAAAGAAGCACUAAAUAAGCUAUAUUACUAUUAGUAGGAAAAUAACAAUGAGAGAGAAAAGCUAAGGAAAUAUUAUGAAGAUUAUUAUAAAACAAAAGAACAGGAAAUGAUUCAGAAGUAUGAAGGAUUGAUGUAAUAAUCUAAUAUUACUAUGUCUGAUUAUCAAAAAAAAUUCAAAGACUUUGUAGUAAAAGAAUAAAAUUAUUAAGAAGAAAUUGGAUUAUUAAAAAAAGCAUCAAGAAAUAUUUAUAGUCCUAGAGAUAGAAACUUUCAAGAAUAAUUGAAUGAGAUGGAAGUCAAGCUGAAUUAAGCCAAUAAAAAUAAUGAGCAAGUGAAAUUUCUAUAAAAUGAGAACUCCAAUUUGCAUGUAAAAAUUGGACAAUAUGAAAAAUAAUUGAGUAAAAAAAAUGAAAUAGAAUAAUCUUUGAAAGAUAAAUUUAGUAAGCAAAUAAUUGAGUUGUAACAAGAAUUAAAGUAUUGGAAAACUGAGAUGGAUAAAGUCAUAAGAUAGAAUAAAGUUGUAAUUUCUAAGUUAACACCAUAAAAGUUAAGAUAUUGA